AUGGAUGGGUCACAGAAUAAUAGUUCAAAUGCACCACCGCCUUUUCUUACGAAAACAUAUGACAUGGUGGAUGAUCACUCGACAAACCCUGUGGUGUCAUGGAGCAGCAGUGGUUGCAGUUUUGUGGUGUGGAAUCCACCUGAAUUUGCUCAGCAUUUGCUUCCCAAGUACUUCAAGCACAAUAACUUCUCCAGUUUUGUCAGGCAGCUUAAUACUUAUGGAUUUAGGAAGAUUGAUCCUGAUCAGUGGGAGUUUGCUAAUGAAGAAUUUAUAAGAGGGCAUAGGCAUCUUUUAAAGAAUAUUCACCGCCGCAAGCCAGUUCACAGCCAUUCCACACAGAAUCAUGGGAUUAUCUCUCCACUGACUGAAUCAGAAAAACAGGAAUACGAGAAUGUAAUCAACCGACUAAAACAAGAUAAAGACUUACUUGAGUUGGAGCUACAGAGAAAUGAGGCAAAGAAGCAGGGAUUUGAAUUUCGAAUAGUCUCACUGGGUGAGCGUUUACAGAGUAUGGAGUGCAGACAGAAUCAGUUGAUGUCCUCCUUGGCGCAGCUAAUGCGAAAACCAGAGUUUGCCUCUUUCAUCAUGCAGCAGUCAGAAUAUCAAAACAAAAGGAGAAAAUUACUGAAACCUGAUCACUUCCAGGGAAAAUACAAAGAGGAAGAGAAUGAGAAUUUGUGUUAUCCAAUGGAAAAUCUGGAUGGAUUGCCUGCUCCAAUGCUGCAUUCAGAGUCAAUUGAGAAGUUGGACUCGUCAUUAAAAUUCUUGGAAAGUUUUCUCUAUGCGGUGGGUGAAAGUUUUACGGAAGAAAUGUGCGAUGUUGGUGUCAAAUCACAACCUUCAAUGGUCAUUGUUAGAGAAUUAAGUUCUUCCUGUGCUGAUGGAGAACCUUGGUCUCCAAGAUCAUUCCCAUCCUCACCACACUCGAGGGAUAUUACUUCAUCACCUGAGCUAGCUAGAUGUAUCCAUAAUGAUGUCAGACCAACAACUCCAAUUUAUCUUGGUGAUGCUAUGAUGCCUGAAUCUUCACAGUUAGAAGCAAAUCGCAAGCAUUCUAGUGCGCCAGCAUCUGAAGCCUUAAAAGUAUCAGCAUUAGAGACGGCAACUCCUGCUGUGUUGAAUGGAGUGAAUGAUGUUUUCUGGCAACACUUCCUGACUGAGGCCCCCGCUCCAGAGGCCGCACAAGAAUCCGAAUGUCAGACAGAAAGAAGGAUUAUAGAUGGCAUAAGAAGCAACACCAACCCGGAUGGUCGUGGAAGAUCUUGGUGGAAUAGGAACUACAUGGAUAAUCUUGCAAAACAUAUGGGACACAUCGCGACACCGGAAAGAUCAUGA